AUGUUUUCGCAGUCGAACUCCUUCCUAGGAGGCUCUAAUAGUGCUCGGCCAGGAGCUGGGCAGUACGGGCAGCCGUCGUUUAAUUCAUAUCAGCCGAGUAACCCGUCUCCUUUCGCGCCGCAACCUACUGGCUUUGGUGGACAACAGCAAUUGCAAUCCCAGGCCACUGGCUAUCCUGGUUUCAACCAGCAGCAGAGCUAUGGCGCUCCUCAACAGCAGCCCCAAGCGACAGGCUUUCCUGGCUACAACCAACAACAACAACAACAGCAACAACCAAGCUUCAAUCAAUCACAGCUCGGUUUCGGUCAACAGCAGCAGCUCCAACAGCCACAGCAAAGCCAGGCAGUGCCGCCGCCACAACCGCUGAGACCGCAGCAGACCUCAUCACAGAUAGCUGCCUCGUUCACUCAAGCAGCUGCCGUCCCUCCAACUCCUCCGAAAGAUGCUGCAGGCAGAGGUGGUAGAAUACCAAACAUGCGUCUGUCCUUCAUCACCUCGACCGACCAAGCAAAGUUCGAGCAAUUGUUCAAGUCUGCGGCAGGCAGCAACCAAGCACUAGAUGGAGAGAAAGCGAAAGAUCUUUUACUGCGCUCAAAACUGCCAGGUGCGGAUUUGUCACAAAUAUGGCUUCUCUCCGAUACGACAAAGUCCGGACAGCUUCUGUUUCCGGAAUUCGCGUUGGCCAUGUACUUGUGUAAUCUGAGACUAACUGGCCAGGCUCUGCCCCCUGCUCUUCCUGAGAAGAUGAGGAACGAGGUGUCGAGUAUGGUUGAUAUCAUCUCCUUCGGCGUUCCCGAUGAACAACCCUCAAGGGCAGCUCCGCGAACAAACGUGCCCGAUUUCGACGCUCCUCUGAGGCAGAAUGCUGUCUCACCUCCUGCUCCACAACAGCCAAUCCCUCAGCAGCCAAGUAACCAGCAAUUGCUCAACCAGCUCACGGCCCAGCCGACUGGCUUCUACAAUGCUGCCAUGGCGCAAAGAACUGGAUUGCAACCACAAGCCACAGGAUUUCCAAUGCAAGGUCAGAACCUACAAGUACCUGGAAUGAGCCAAAAUAUACAAUCACAGCCUACUGGCUUCAUGCAGAAUCCAGCUGCGACAGGCUACAGCGGCCCACGCCCGCCAAUGCCACCAAUGCCACCAAUGCCAACAGGACUAGGUCAAGGACUUUCCCCGUCUCAAACAGGAAUUGGCGCACUUCAAGCACAACCAACUGGCCUGCCUGGUCAGUGGGGCUUUGUCAACGCACCCGCCACUGGGCUGCCUAACAUCGAGGCACUGAGAAGUCAAUUGAUGCCUCAGCAAGGUCGAGAGCAGGGCUUCACAACGCAAGGCCUAACAGGGUCAGCCAAAAUCCCUUGGGCAAUCACUAAGGACGAGAAAAAGAUUUACGAUGAUCUAUUUAAGGCUUGGGACGGUCUUCACAAGGGCUUUAUCAGUGGCGAGACUGCCAUUGAGAUCAUGGGUCAGAGUGGACUCGAUCAAAAGGACCUCGAAGCUCUCUGGACAUUGGCAGAUCCCAGCAAUCGAGGUCGCUUGAAUAUGGAUGAGUUUGCUGUAGCUAUGCACUUAAUCUACAGAAAGCUCAAUGGCUACCCGGUACCGAACCGGUUACCUCCUGAGCUAAUACCACCUUCUGCUCGAAACAUUGACAGCUCUCUAGACACGGUACGGAACAUGCUAAGACAGGAUGCCGAAACAAGAAAGCAAAGUGGUGCUUUCUUGCAGCCUCAGAAGACAGGUGUCAGCUACCUGAAGGGCCACUCCUUUCGGGCAGGCUCUCCUGUUGCUAGUGGACGAAAGGAUGCUACAGUCUUCCGAAACAAUGACGACGACAUCGGCUACCGCUCUAGUGCAAGACGAAGACUUGGAGCUGAGGGUCGAACACCGUCGCCUGCUCAGGGAUCUGAAAUGUCUGAUGACUCGCGCUACGAUGAAUUGACUCCCGACCAGAUUCGGAAGAGGAUCAGGGAGAAGAAAAUCCUUGUGGAUGCAACAGACUUCUCCGACGAGCGUCAACAAGAAGAUGACGAUGUGCUUGAUCGCCGCGAUCGUCGUGAGGCUGAAGAACUGUUCCGUCAGGUUCGUCAUAUACAAGAUGAUAUAGACACUCACCCAAACUCCACCGUGGGCACAGCUGACACAGGGACCGAGCGAAGAUCGCUUCGAAGGGAGCUUCAGAGAUACCAAGAUCGAAUUCCUGCGCUUGCUUCUGAUGUUCGGAGGGUUGAGAAGGACAUUGCAACAGCAAAAUUGGAACUCUUCAGGUUGAAAGACGCUAAGGCUCACCCUGGCGGUGCUUCUAGCAUAGUCGGAACUGGUCCUGGCGGCCAGGUCACAGAGGGUGACCGGAUCAAGGCUAGAGCCCGAGCACGUAUGCAAGCUCGUGCCGCCGAGCUUGCCGGAAGACCUGUACCGCAGACAGAAGACGAAGGUGCAAGCCAGCAACGUCUCGAACAAGAGCGAACAGCAAUUCGUACCGAGCAAGAGAAGAACGAGGGAAUGACUCGGGAUGUAGAAGAGAGUGUCAAAGACUUUGUUGCAAGCUUAGAGGAUGGGUUACGUGAUCAGAAUGAAAACACGACGCAGGAACACGAACGUCGUAGGUGGGAGGAAGCAUUGGGAGUCGAGGACGAAGUGCGAGAGCUAAUCUAUGAUCUCCAAAGAAACAGCCGAACAGCUAGAGUUCGAAAGGAAGAAGCAUCGCGGCCAAGUUCACAGCAAGCCUCUACGAGUAACCGGGAUGCUACUCCCACGAACGGUGCCACCUACACGAAACCUCCUCCACCAACUCAGACUGCCUCUUCUUCUUCCAUGACAUCGAACAUAUCUCACGCAGACAGAGUUUCAUCUGCGAAAGAGAGAGCCCUGAAACGUAUCCAAGAUCGAAUGGCGGCGGCUGGGCUGAAAUCGGCGGGAGAUGCGGGCGAAAGUGUACAGCAGCGACAAGAAAGAGAGAAACGUGAAAGAGAAGAACGACUAAGAAAAGCACAAGAAGAGGAUGAAAGGCGAGAACAAGAACGACAAGCUAGGCUCGUCAGUGAAGGUGUAGCGGCUGCACCACCUACAAGUCCGAAGCCAGCCAAGAAGCCACCUCCACCACCAUCUCGAAAGGGAAGACAGGAAAGUAUCGAUCAAGGUGAAAAGCAGGCAGCAGAGACAGCAGCCAAGGCGCAUGCUGAAGCAGAUGCUGUAAAGCAGCUGGAAGCCGAUCAGAAAGCGCAGCAAGUCGAGAGGAUGAAACUCGAGCAACAAGCUGCAUCACAAGAAGAUGACUUAGAAAGAGAGCGACAAGCAGCCGAUGCCCGCCUCAAAGCACUCGAAGAACAAGUUCGCCAAGGCAAGCUCAAGAAGGCUGAGGAAAAGGCAAAGAAAAAGGCGACUGAGAAAGAGGCAAAAGAAAAGGAGGAGAAGCUGGCCAGACGACGCGCCGAGAUUGAAGCCGCUCGUGAACGCGAAAGACAACUGCAAAGGCAGCUUGAGAACCUGGGCGACGACGACUCAUCGUCGGAUGACGAAGGACCUGCUCAGAUUACACCACAGGACAGCUCCGUUGCGAGUCUCCCAGUACGCUCACCUGUAUCUGCGGCCGAACCUCCAAAUGGACCACCACCUGUACCUUCAAUCGCUCCGCCAGUCCCCUCCUCAGAUGCUAGUUCCACAUCAGCUACACCUAUGACGAGCCCGCCGCCAAUGCACGAAUCCAAGAAUCCCUACUUCCGAAAAAUGUCACAAGCAUCCGAACAGUCACAACCAGCCUUCUCGCCUCAGCCUCCCGCUGCAGCACAACCUUUCUCUCCUCCUGCUCAGAAAGGGUUACCAUCUACUAAUCCGUUCGCUAGACUUGCGCAACAAGAAGCCGCUAAGCCUUUGACUUCACAAGCUACCGGACCUGUCUCUCGCCGAAGACAGGAAGAAGAUGAGUGGUCUGCAGCAGGCUCUGACAAGGAUGAUAGCGAUACAGAAGAUGGACCUACUGGUGGCUCGGCCAAACAACUUGCUUCGCUUCUCUUUGGUACCAUGGCACCACCUCGUCCACUUUCAGCCAUGGACAGCAAACCACAAACACCAGUUUCUGCUGGACCUAACGUAAGCUCACCGACUGCUCCUCAAAUGCCAGGAGCAUUUGACGAGGAUUACACGUCCGAAAGCAUGUUCGAUGCACCUGCUGCCGCACCACCUCCUCCACCACUACCAAGUUUCGGUGCUCCUAGUGCACCUCCGCCACCUCCUCCUAUGCCUUCUUUUGCAAGUGCAGGGAGCCCACCGCCACCACCUCCGAUGCCUGGUAUGGGGGCUCCUAACGCUCCUCCGCCGCCGCCACCAGGAAUGGCUCCUGUGCCAACCCCAACUGCUGGAGGAGGGUUAGGAGCUUUACUUGGCGAUAUUCGAGGCGGCAAGCCUUUGAAGAAGGUGCAAACCAGCGAUCGAAGCACGAGUAAUGUUGCUGGACGAGUUCUGAACUAA